AGCUAUAUAAAGCGCCGACACGCUGAAGGACGGCUUAUUUACUCUAAGAAGCGAUAAAGAAGAACAAUGUCCACAAUUUCCAGGAUUUGUCCAAGAGCUUUCGGAAGGGCCCAGUCCCUGUGUCGAGGAUUUAGCAACCGAAAUAUCCCUGUCCACCGGCACAGCGCCCGGGAUCACCAGCGAGUGGAACUUGCGCCAUGGAACGACAUCUUUUCUCCCUCCAGUAUUCUUCCUGCAUCCUUUACUUCUCGAUUCCGGGACAUUGAGAAAAUGAUGAGGGACAUGGAGAAUGUGCUCGAACAUAAGUAUCUGUCUUUCCCAGCCCGCGGAGAGGAUUCCGAGGUACAAAUCGGUGAAAACAAACUUAGAGUGAAACUGAGCGUGCAUCAAUUUAAACCAGAAGACAUUACAGUGAAAAUUGAUAACAACAAACUUACAAUCUCUGGAAAACACGAGAAGAAAUCGGAUGAGGGCCACAGUUAUUUCGCACAGGAGUUCACUCAACAGUACACCAUACCAGAAGGUAUUGACCAAGACAGUAUCAUCUCUACCUUCUCGGACGAAGGUGUUUUGUUAAUUCAGGGAAAACCCAAGAACUCUGGAACGGGUGAACCCCGAGAAAUCCCCAUCGACAGGGGCAACAAAGCCUAAAGAGAGAGAAUUCAGAGAAUGGACUCGAAUAAUUCGAUUUUUUUUUUCACGUGAACGUUUAGUGAAAUUCCCUGGCCAAGUAGCAGGAUAAAUUUACUUACUGUCUAGAUCUCAAUAAAAUUGGGAUAAAUUUGCA